AAUUUUUAUCACAUUCGCGUUCUAGCGAGAAUUUUCUCGAAUUUGAUGUGUCAGUUAGUUCUAGACUUCGACUUCGUAUUGCUUAUUGCUUGUUUGAAGUGGUUGAACAAAUUAGUGAAAUAAAGACGGGUUUACUAAGUGCAGAAUUAAGUUUAUCAAAAGUUAAUAUAUUAUUGCAAGUGUAUCUUUGUUUAAUCAAUUGUUAGAAAAAACAAAUUAUGGACCAGGCGACUCAGUUAAAGAACAAGGGUAAUGCAGCAUUAGAAGCUGGGAAGUUGGACGAUGCUGUUAGGUUCUACACGGAGGCUAUUGCCGUAGAUCCGACUAACCACGUUCUCUAUAGCAACCGGUCGGCAGCCCAUGCUAAGGCUUCCAACUUCGAAGAAGCUCUAGUGGAUGCCGAGCGGACCAUCGCCCUGAACCCUACAUGGAGCAAGGGCUACUCCCGAAAAGCUUCUACCCUAGCGUAUUUAGGCCGCUGGGCAGAGGCAAUAGAAACAUACAACAAGGGUUUAGAGUUGGAUCCUAACAAUGAACAGCUGGCCACAGGGUUGCUUGAAACUAAAAACAAAUUUGAACUGAUUUGUCAGAAGCUGAGGAAUGACCCAAGGUCAAGGGAGUGGUUAAAUGAUCCAGAAUAUUACAAAAUAAUCGCAGAACUAACAAGGGAGCCACUGGUAUUGAAUAAAAUAUUCAACAGAGAUUUGACAGAAAAGGACAGUGACCGACUUCACACCACAUUUGAAAUUUUAUAUGACAUUUACAAGGAGCCACCACAGAAACAAGAGCCUCAGAGACAGGAGCCACCCAAGAAACAGGAGCCUGAAAAACCUAAGUAUGAUGACCUUCCAGAAAACAGAAGACUUGCGUUACAAGAAAAGGAUCAAGGAAAUGAAUUUUAUAAGAAGAAAGACUUUGAUAAUGCUCUUAUGCACUACCAGAAUGCAGUUAAACAUGAUCCCACUGAUAUAACCUUUUACACAAAUAUGGCCGCUGUGUAUUUUGAACAGAAAGAAUAUGAGAAAUGUAUAAAGGAGUGUGAGAAGGCUAUUGACAUUGGGAGAGAAAAUAGAGCAGACUUCAAGCUAAUAGCCAAGGCUUUUACUAGGAUUGGCAAUGCAUACAAGAAGAUGGAACAGUGGAAAUUAGCAAAAACUUACUAUGAGAAGUCUAUGUCUGAGCAUCGUACACCGGAGAUCAAGACCUUAUUGAGUGAGGUCGAGAAACAGAUAGUCGAGGAAGAGAAGAAGGCCUACAUUGACCCUGUGAAGGCCGAGCAGGAGAAAGAACUUGGCAACGACUACUUUAAGAAGGGAGACUACAGUACAGCGGUAAAGCACUACACUGAAGCUAUAAAGCGUAACCCUGAUGACCCCAAGCUGUACUCCAACCGUGCUGCUUGCUACACCAAGCUUGCUGCCUUCGACCUUGGCCUCAAAGACUGUGACCAUUGCUGCAAACUGGACCCGAAGUUUAUCAAAGGAUGGAUCCGAAAGGGAAAGAUUCUUCAGGGCAUGCAACAGCACUCUAAAGCUUUAACCGCAUACCAGAAGGCUCUCGAGCUGGACCCAAGCAAUGCUGAAGCGCUCGAAGGUUACCGAGCGUGCUCCACCCAACUGCACUCCAACCCUGAGGAGGUGCGCAAACGCGCAAUGGCAGACCCAGAAGUGCAGCAGAUCCUCCGCGACCCUGCCAUGCGCUGCAUCCUCGAACAGAUGCAACAAGAUCCCCACGCCUUACAGGAUCAUCUCAAGAAUCCAGACAUCGCCGCCAAGAUUCAGAAGCUCCUAGAAUCCGGCCUCAUCGCUAUACAUUAGUUUAUGGAUUACCUUGUCUUGAGAUUAGGUUUAUAUAAAUUACUAUUCGAAUCGAUUGCUGGCAACAUUUCUCAGAUUAUUUUAUUUGUACACGAUUUUUUAGCAAAACCAUUAAAUAAACUUUAUAUCCAGGAUUACGAAUUUUAAUCGAUUCGGGUAUACAUUCAGAGUCUCGCUAUCUCGGAUACUUACAAGAUGGAGAUCGAGUUUUGAAAUGGAUUUUCGCCUACCAAAUGUUAUAUGAAACUUAAUUAGGUAUUUUAAAGUCAUCGCUUUUUUACUGUUAUUUAACUCAGUUUACAUGUAAUGCUUGUCUCAAAUUGUAGGCUUGUAAACCAUUCCAAAAUAUGCUUUUCUAUAAGUUAAAUGCAGUUUCAACUUUUCGGUUAUAGGUUUUAUUAAGCAUACCUACUUAGUUUGAAGAAUAUCUAUUAUGCAGAUAUACUGCCUGAAUGGAAUUUUACAUUAAUAGCAUUUUUUUGUAAUUUAUUCAA